GCACCCGGGAAUGUGGGCCGACUAUAUACUGGCUCAUCACGAUCGCUCGACAGUUCAUUCCUUCUUCGUAAUCCCCAAUCGUAAGGUUCUGCUCUUCAAAUCAGCAAUUUGUUGCCACUUCACACUUCCAAGAGAUAUCAACUAUUCUUUUGUGUUCAAUUAAUUUUAGACCAUGAAGUCUGCGCUGUUGCUGCUGGUGGUUGGGGUCGUGGCUGUAUCAGCACAAAGAAGACUUGCAUUACCAGAACCAAGAAGCUGUGCAAAUCGAAUCCGUCACGCCACAUACAGAGAUGCAAGAGGUGUUACCCACUCUUACUUCUUCAGUUGGGAGCAUCAGCCAACGAAAAAUAUGGAAGUAGAUUGGUUGGAUGCCCGAAAUAUUUGCCGCAGACAUUGUAUGGACACGGUAUCUCUGGAAACACCACAAGAGAAUGAAUUUAUCAAGCAAAGAAUAGCUCGAGGAUUCGUCAAAUACAUCUGGACAUCUGGACGUAAAUGUAACUUCAAUGGUUGUGACAGACCUGACCUUCAACCUCCAAACAUAAAUGGAUGGUUCUGGUCUGGAUCAGGAGCAAAAAUUGGGCCAACAACUCAACGCAAUACUGGAGACUGGAGUAACACUGGUGGAUUUGGUCAACCCCAACCAGACAACCGUGAAGCUGCUCAGGGCAAUGAUGAAUCUUGUCUUUCAAUCUUGAACCACUUCUACAAUGACGGAAUUAAAUGGCAUGAUGUAGCCUGUCAUCAUUUAAAACCCUUCGUUUGUGAAGAUAGUGAUGAGCUGCUCAACUUUGUAGCAUCUAGAAACCCAGGAAUUCGUCUGUAAUUAUUAAAUAAACUAAAUGAUUUAAUGCAUUUAAUACGUAAUAUUUAGAUAAAAAAUGAUGAUGAAAUGAAGAUAAUUGUGAAUUUUUUUUAUUUUAUUUGUACUUAUUAAAUCUAUCUAUACUUAACUAACCAUUUUUAUGAAGAAUACUAGAUUCCUGAUAAGAUUAUCGAAUUGAGUUACUGAAAAUGUAGUUGAAUAAUAAUUUCUUUGUGUGAAAUAUGUUAACCAGCAUCCAGUUCUCUUUUAAAAUAUUUUGCUCAUGAUACAGAUGUAUCUCACAUUUUACUGGAGUUAAAUUUCUCUUUACAUGCCUUGUUCUGUUUCUUCUUACGAUAGUAUCAUUAGUCAUAUAAAUAGUGUAUUGAUAGAAUAUAAAAUUUUGUAUUUUUCUUACAGAAAAUUUAAUAAAGUUAAUAAAUGUGACUUUAUGUGAAAAAUAAGAACAAAAUUUAAUUUUUCUUAAACAAUUUAUUGUCUUCAGUAAUCAAAAAUACUUUAGUUUACAUAGUUAUAAUACGUAAAAUAAGAUUAUGUUAAAUAAUACAAAAAAACUUCUAUAAAUUGACGCAAUUAUUUUUUUAAAAAAUAUGAAAGUUCGGUGUAAGAAACGAAUGUUAGUAUGCAAAAUAUCGAAUUCUC